CGCUCACCAAACAACUCUUUGUUCCCUCAUUGUGAACGGGUGAUGGAAGUUGGAUCCUAUUCCUCUUGGACUCUCACGGCCUUUUGAACGUCGUUCUCUGGUAGACGCGUUCUUCACCCUCAUUCACGAUUCCCUUCCUUCUAUUCUCAAUUUUUUUUCCAUUGGCCACCCCUUUCAUUGCUGUUAUGAAAAGUUCAAUAACGUUCGAACGCGCUAGAGCAAUUGCGUUCGGUUGUAUCAUCUUGCUGAGCUUUGUGUGGAUCACCUUGCUCUCAGUCUGUGUAUUUCUACUAUGGGAUAAUCUGGACCAUCCUGAACGAUCUUUCCUUUCGGUCAUGUUGUUAACGAACACAGUCACUGCAAUAAUGCUGCUUAUUCUACUAUUGCGAAAAUUUAGAGUCUGGCUUGACGCCGCUCGAUGCGCGCUUCUUUUGGUGAUGCACAUAGGCACUGCUGGUGCUUUUGCAUACUGGAGUCCAGACUUUAGGUAUAUAGCAGAAAGUCCUGAACAGGAAGUCUCGUGCCGAUUGGUCACUUUAUCCGUUAUGGUCACCAGUUGGUUCGUGCCAGCUUUAGUAUUGAUCUAUUCAGGCGGCCUCGCUUUCGUUGUUCACCGCCGCUCGCUCCUACGCACCGUUCAAGAAGCAGAAGAGGCGGAAAAAAAUCGGGUUCAGAAGGAAGCAAAGGAUCAAUAUUUUUCACCACUUUCUCCCAAUACGCCUGCGACGGUGAGCUGGGAUCGAAGAGCAUCGCCGCUCUCUCCGAUGACGCCUGCGGCCAUGAACUGGGAUCGAAGAGCAUCGCCACUGUCUCCAAUCACGCCUGCGGCCGUGAACUGGGAUCGAAGAGCAACCCUUUUGCCAAGUCCAGCGACAAUGACAUUCCCACCAGAGGCCGUUCUUUACAUUCAACAACAUUCACGCAACUCUUUCAAACCUACCUAUCGUAACUCUCAACAGAGAACGUAUUCUGUACCUGAACAACAACCAGUACCACCGACUCCAACGAGUAGCAGAUUGUCAAAACCAGUGCCUCUGAGAAUGUCUUAUCAUCAGUCACAUAUGUAUUAAAUACUCCGGAAGUUGUAAUUUUAACACUUGAGGUG